AACACUUUCAACCACAUCUUAUGACUCACAGGAGUGCUGUCAACUCACUUAGGACUCAGGUCUGAAGAAAGCCUGACAUAACUCCUGGGGAAGAGGAUUCUUCAGUCUACUGCCCAUCGCAGAACAACAUGGCACCGACUAAACUGGGAGCUUGGAGUCCUUUAACAGAGGCAGCUGUGGGGUUUGCACUGGGAGCAGUGGGAGGUUCCAUACUAGGAGCCACAGAGGAUCCAGUGGACAAGAUCUUGUCAGUGAUGACUUCUGCAGGCCCACUGAAACCAGUGAUGGAGGAAGUCAGGACAGUGGGUGCUCUCGGGCUGGGGACCCUUCUUGGAGCCACAGCUUUGACCACUGUGAUGACCUCAGUCGUAGCUGGUGUGAUUUUGGCAGCAGUGGUAGCUUCAGUAUUUGUGGCCAUGAGAAGCUGUGCCUCCCACACAGACUCUGCUGGUAUGUGGGCAUCAGCAGCACUCGCUGGGGCCUUUGGGACCACUCUCAGUGGAGCCACGCUUGGGAUUACUAUUGAAUGGAUUGUGAGGGCCUAUGGCAUGGUGGGCCUCCUGUGGGUGUUGAGCAUAUUCACCAUGCUCAAACCGCCCCUGCACUUUGUAUUUAAAUUCCUCUGGAAGCAGGGAGAGGCCUGUUGCACUCUGGGAUCUACCGUCUGGGACAGGGACAGGAAACAGAUGGAGAUUACAGAGUUGCAGCACAGGCAGAGAGCAGCUGAGCAGAUAGAGCAGACGAUACUGACGCUGGAGAAGGGAGGCAGCACCGGUGGGAUGGAGAAUAAGAUGACAUGGGCCAAUGAGCGAAGGCAGAGAGAGGAGAUAGAAAGGAGGAAGAUAGAGAGUGAAGAGGCAGAAAUGGAGCAAAGAACAAUCCAAGACUGGAUCACCACGGUGGUGAUCAAAUACGUGGACUUCUUGGCUUUCUCUGGGAUUCCAAUGACAGUGGUUGCCAUAGUAACAUCAGGGUUCGGGGUGUUUGGUUACGGAGGCCACCAAUCUGUGUUUAUAGUGCUUCUGGCUUUGGUUGUAGUCAUAGCCUAUUUGCUUAUGAAAUCUUCUGACUUUAAGUUCUGGAUGUUGAUAGGUUGCAUGGCAAUGCUUGCUACAUUUGUCAUUGCCUUACUCACCCUACAUGCCGGGCAGGUGGUUGUAACAACUGCCAUGAAGAUGCAAGCAGCAGGACAGAGUCAGUCCACAGAAAACAUCAGUGCUCGUAUGAACUACCAAUCCUCUCUGGAAGCUUUGAACGCAGCUGUCUUUGUGGCAAAAUUAUUUGAGCUGGGUUUAGGGGCUACAGUGGGGGGUCCGCUGGUGAGGCGAGCAGCUGGAGAGGUGAAAGUUAUAGCAGGGGCGGCUUCAGUUGCGGGGGGUUUACUUGUGGGGUUGGAGGUUUUAGGCCCGGUUCUGGGAGAAGGGGGGAAAGCUGGGGCACUGCUGGGGGUGGUGGGGGCAGCGGGGGUGUCUGCGGGUGCAGCUGCAGCCUUGGCUGGAAGGUGGUCCUCAUGGCUAGGAACUUUGGGAACAAUAGCAGGGUUGGUCAUAGGAGCAUUAGGGGUGGGAAAAUGGCAUAUUGUUAACAUUGGACUGCAGCUGCCUGUUGCCUAUAUCUUCGCUAUGACCAAUCCCUUUUAACACAACAACCAUAAGCCGACUGUCAAACAUGUCGAAGCACUAGGAGUUGCCAGUGUAUCAUUUGUACUAGUUACCUGUUUUGAGUUAAUUGAAAGGAUAAGUGUAGUUAUAUUCCAUAUUUUUCCCUACAAUUAACAAAUCCAAUGUGUAGAGCCAAACCAACAGUGAAGGUAUUGUAAUAACAAGUAUAAUAUAUUCUUCCUCUAUGCCAAAUGAUGACUAUUAAAAAUGCAUCAGUGAGUCACAUUGGGUAUGUUUACAUGCACACAAUAGUGCCCUAUCAGCCUUACUAAGAAUAACUAAUGACCCCCUUCUAGCUGCUAACUCAGGUAAUUGCUCCAUCCUCUUGCUCCUAGAUCUAAUUGUAGCCUUUGACAGUGUGGAUUACUCUACUCUCAUUCACAGAGUUAAGGAAUAGGUGGGCAUCUCUGAUCCUGCUUUAAACUGGUUCCCUUCAUAUUUAUCCAAAAGAUCCUUCUUUGUCUAUGUCAGCAACUCAUUUUCUUCCUUGGCCCCCAUCUACUGUGGUGCACCCCAAGGGUCCAUACUUGGUCCAGUCCUCUUCUCUAUUUUUUUUUUUUUACUUCCGUUAGGCCACAUUAUUCAAAUACAUAACAUGUGUUUUCACUGUUAUGCGGAUGACACGCAGAUUUACCUCCCCUUAGAGCCAAACAACAUCAACAAACUAACUGAACUUGGGAACUGUCUUCAUGACAUCAAACCCUGCAAAGAUUCCAAUUUUCUCCAGCUCAAUUAGAGUAAAACUUAACUUAUUGUAUUUGGCCCACAUCACUCCUCAUCUUGGCCCAUUGGCCCCCUUUGUUAACCCACAUGUUAAAAAUUAUAUUUGUUAUAUUUGAUUCAGAAUUGAAGUUUGACAAACAAAUCAACCAAGUAGUAAAAUUAAGUUUCAUGCCGCUGCACACCAUCUCCAAACUCAGAUCAAUUCUCUGUACUUCUAACCUAGAGAAAGUCAUUCACACCUUCAUAUCCUCCUCUGCUUUGAUUACUGCAACUCAUUAUAUACCUGGGCAUAACUCUGGACAAUAAACUCAAUUUCGAUCAGCACACCAGAGACAUACAAAAAAGGAGCCAACAAAGACUGUCAGCUAUCCGAAAACUCAAAGGACUCUAUGUCGCCCCCCUUCUACUGCUAUUUCUGUACCAAAGCAUCAUUCAUUGUUUCUUCACCAUGCUUUCUGUCACCAGUCGGGCCAAACUGACACACAUCACACACACCGCUUCCAAAAUCAUUGGUCUUCCCACACCCAACCUCACAGAGUUAAAUAACAGGUCCAUUACACGCUUUGCAAAAUCAAUAGAAUGGAACACCACACACCCACUCAACCAAUACCUCAUCCCAUUACCCUCAGGGCGCAGGUACCAAACACUUAAACUCAGGAAAGCUUGACUCUGGAAGAGCUUGAUCUCAGCAGCCAUAGCUGCGCUGAACAAGAGAUCCCAAUGACUCAAAGUGUCCACCUCUGUGAAUGAACGUGAUGUUUUGUGAUGUCUGUGAUAUGUCUGCACCUGUGAUAUUUGUGAUCGAUCUCUGUAAAUGUACAGUUAGUGGAAACAAAUUUCCCUCUGGGACGAAUAAAGUAAGUCUAAGUCUAGUCUAAGUCUAUAUGUUGGCAUUACUCAGUCUUCUUUCUCCUGUCUUCAGAAAGUCCAAAAUGCAGUCCUGAGAUCCAGGACUAAGUAUUACAGGUACAAGACUUUCUCUGUCACUGCCCCCAAAGGCUGGAAUUCUCCUUCUCCCACCAUCUGAUUCUCCCCCACCACUGAGAUUUUCAAGAGUCAAUAUAAAACACACUUGUACUCACUACCCUUUAAUUGUGCAUAAUGUGAUUGUCAUUAUUGCUGUUACUGUCACAGUGUGGUGACAGUAUAAAAUCAACACUGAUGCAGUUUUUUACUAUUGUUGCAAUAAUCCUGGUAAUGACAUGUUAUCAUUGUUGUUAUUAUUAUUUUGUUACUAUUAUCACUCAGAUUCUUUUGUUUCUCCUUCGGUUGUACACUUUUCUCUGUGUGUGCUAUAAGAGCACUUUGGGUCAAAUCUGUGUUUAAAGUGUUACAUAACUAAAGUUGAUUUGACUUGACUAUUAUUGUGAAUAUAUCAAUUUUCUGAAUUUGAUGCAAGUGGCAUGAACAGCAUAUUCUGGAACAUCUUUUAGGAGCUCUUAGAUUUUGCACAUUUCAAGAAGGUGGUUGAAGAAUUGAAAGAUGGAAGGUGUGUUUGCUCAAUCCAACAAGUCCUGCAGCGGAAACUUUGAAAAAGUCAUGUUAUGAUGCAAAGAAGCAAAAUGACAAGCAGCUCUAGCUGUUCCACUUUUCUGUAUUAAGAAGUGAUACAUCAACAACAUGUUAAAAAAACAAUUAAUCUGAGUAUGCAGGGUGAUAUACAGGAGUUUUAUUGGAAUAUUCAUUUUUUUCUAUCAGCCACGUAAACACCUUAGUAGGAAUAUUACCUUUUUCAGAAUAUGGGCAAAAAACAGAAUAUUUUGUGUGUAAAAAUGUAGUCACUGUUGCACUGGGUGACAUGUUCCGUCAUUACCAUGAACACACAUACACACACUAACACACACACACACACACACACACACACACACUGUAUUUCAUACACUGUGAUGACUUAAUCCCAUAUACACCAUGCUUUUGCAAAGUAGAACACAUCAUGUGGAUUCAUCCAAAAACAUGUGGAUUCAUCCAAAAAAAAGAGCCUUUUUUUAAAGAUGAAACUUUAUUUUAUUUUAUUUAUUUACAUCUUCACUAGGAACCAGUGGGCUUGGGGCUGAAUGCCACAGAGAGAGUAGGGAUGUCAUAAAGUAUUGAGACAUGCACAAACACAUUGAAGGUUUUGAUUUUUUCAUAAGAUUUUUAACCAUAAGAAAAAAAAACAGAGUAACAUUCUGACUGGUCCUUUAAAGCUAAACUCCACCCACUUUUGACCAGGCAGGGGCUCAGGUGAACACUGGCAGAAGUGCAAGCUAGUUUGUAGCUGCAUACUGUUGCAAGACAACAGAAGUCACUAAAAUUACCAAAGAUUUAAUUACCAAUUUCCUGGUCAUCUCAAGUUUGCUGGAAAUGUUAUUCAAGGCGCCAUAAUGCUGGGUGUUUAGACGUCAACAUUAUCAGUUCCUCCAUCUUGUCUUCUCUCUGCUUCAGUGAUUCACACUAGUUGACUGGCUAAAGCCAGGCGACAGCUGCCUCAUUGAAAUGACUGGAGGCAGCGUGCAGUGGUGUGAAAGCCCCUAUAGAGCUUGAAAUCUUUCCUGCCAGAUAAGGCUCUAAAACCAAUAAAACUGUAACAGUUCACCUACAAAAUCCAACUCCUGUUUUAUAUUUUAUAUUGAAGCUGGGGCAGCACUGUGUUAGCACUGCCACCUCACAGCCAAGAGGGUUCUGGGUGUAACCCACCAGCCAGCUUUUCCUUUUGAUAGUUAUCUGUAAUGUUUUGUAGUGUACACUAUGCUUAAGAUUAUUGCAUUCUUACAUGUCUGUACCAGGGGCCCCCUGCAAUAUAACCUCUCUGUGUAAACUGAUUAAAUUGAAGAUGUGUUAUCU